AUGGAUUCUCUUGAAUCAAAUCCCAAAGUCGAAGAAGAACCAAUUCUCCAAACCGAAGAAGAAACAGAAGCAAAUCCCAAAUUCGAAGAAGCAGCUGAACCAAAUCUCAAAGUCGAAGAAGCAGCAGAAUCAAAUCCCAAAGUCGACGAAGUAGCAGAAGCAAAUCCCAAAGUCGACGAAGUAGCAGAAGCAAAUCCAGAAAUCGACGAAGUAGUAGAUGCAAAUCCCGAAAUUGAAGAAGAAGUUUCAGUUUUGCUUCCCGACGACAUUACCGGAACCGUUCUUCCGCCUGGAAUCAAUGAUUCGGUACCACAUGAGUCGUCAUUCGCUGCAAUGGAGGAACAAAUCGAUGUUGAUUUGGAGAAAUUAGAAGAACCCAAGGAUGGUGAUCGACCCGGAUCCGAAUUAAAGAUCGAAUCCGACUCAUUCUCUGAAGAAGAUCCAACUGCUUCUUCCUCUGAUAAUAACCCAAAAUCUCCAAAACCAGAAAUCGUAGCUACCCAGAUCGGUAACGCAAUGGAAGUAGACGAAGAGGAAGAUGAACUACCACCUAAGAAGCAAAAGCAAUUAGCUUCUCUUACUUCACUCGCCGUUAAGGAAGAGGAAGCUCAGCCAUCGGAAGCAAUGGUAGUGGCGACGACUACGGUUGUGAAUGCUGUGAAGAAAUCGAAAUCGAAGAAGAAGAACAACAAUGUAUGGGUUACUAAGAGCACACGUAAAGGAAAGAAGAAGAGCAAAACCAAUACACCGAAUUCAGUUGCUGUAGAAGAUAAGGUACUGAUCACUCCGGUUCCUAGGUUUCCUGAUAAGAGUGACGAUACACCGGAUUUGGAAAUUUGUCUUUCGAAAGUUUACAAAGCUGAGAAAGUUGAGAUUAGUGAAGAUAGACUUACUGCAGGAAGUAGUAAAGGUUAUAGAAUGGUGAGAGCUACUAGAGGAGCUAUAGAAGGAGCUUGGUACUUUGAGAUUAAAGUUGUGAAUUUGGGUGAGACUGGUCAUACACGACUCGGUUGGUCGACUGAUAAAGGAGAUUUGCAGGCUCCGGUAGGGUACGAUGGGAAUAGUUUCGGGUUUAGGGACAUUGAUGGGUGUAAGAUUCACAAGGCUUUAAGAGAGAAGUAUGCAGAGGGAGGGUAUAAAGAAGGUGAUGUUAUUGGAUUCUACAUAAAUCUACCUGAUGGUGAAUCGUUUGCUCCAAAGCCACCUCAUUAUGUGUGGUAUAAAGGACAGAGAUAUGUCUGUGCACCUGAUACGAAAGAGGAGCCUCCAAAAGUUAUACCAGGAAGUGAAAUAUCGUUCUUCAAAAAUGGUGUAUGUCAGGGAGUUGCUUUCACUGAUCUUUUUGGAGGUCGUUACUACCCUGCUGCUUCUAUGUACACUCUCCCUGACCAGUCAAAUUGUGUUGUGAAGUUCAAUUUUGGCCCUGAUUUUGAAAAUUUUCCCGAGGAUUUUAGUGGGCGCGCGACCCCGAAGCCCAUGUGCGAGGUUCCCUAUCAUGGAUAUAAUGGUAGACUUGAAAAUAAUGGUUCUGAUGAUAUGAAGAGUUAG